AUGAGACUUAGACCGGUUUCAAAACAGCUGCAAUUUCAUCCUCAAAGAUCAAUCUCUAAAAUUGUCAUUACAAACCCCAUUGCAAUUAGACUUCAUCAAAUUUCAAGAGCUGUUUCUAAAGGGUUUUUAUUGUUUUUAGUUAGUUUAGGAGUUUUCUGUGGUGCUGGGUAUGGUGGCUUCACAUAUUAUAUUUCAAAAUAUCAAGAUAUUUCAAAAGAGUGGUCAUAUUUAGCUAAAUAUCAUACAAGAUUAGGUGUUUAUCAUCAAGAUAUUCAAGAUGAUUAUAGGGAUGCUAAUCAAGAAGUUGAAGAUUUCACUAAUGCAUUGAAAAUAGUUGCUGAAUCUGAAGGUGAAAUUAUUGAUUCAAAUAAUGCAAAUGAAAAUUAUGGGAAAUUCAAAUUAUUACCAUUAAAUAAAGUUAAAGAGAAAAGUAAAGAUUGGCAAAAAAGUUAUAUUGAUGUUGUUAUUAGAUUAGCAAUAGCUAAAGCAGAACUUGGUGAUUUGGAUAAUGCUUACAAAUUAGUGAUGUAUUCAACUGCUAUCCCAAUUGAUAUUGGAUCCUUAGAUAUGAGAUCAAGAAGUUUGAGAUUAUUAUCAAAAAUUUCCACAUUACAAAAAGAUCCAAUUGAAAAAUCUGAAAAUUAUUUGAUUGAUGCUGUAAGGUUUAAUGAAAUUCAUCAUGAUGAUAUUCGUUUCAAAGAAAAUGGUUCAUUAAUAUUAGAUCCAAAUUCAAGAUUAAAUAGAGAAACUUUUGAAAGUUUAUUAAAUUUAGGAGUUUUAUAUUCCAAGACUGAUAAUUCGUCAAAAGCCUUGGAAAUUUUCUUGAAUUUAUUACAAUUAACAGAAAUUUCUAUUCAGAGAUCCCAAAGUGAAGAUUCUAAAUCAAUUGAAGAACCAUUAAUGACUGAUUCUCCAUUGUUGAAAAAUUACAUUGCAGAAAUUUUAUAUAAAAAGGGACUUGUACAAAAUUCAUUACAAUGGGCUCAAGAUUCAUAUUCAGAGUCAUCUGCUUUUGCAAGAAGUAAUAUCCCAGCUACAAUUAUUUCUAAACAAUCAUUACAAAAUACAAUUUUAAUUUAUGAAAGAUUAGGAAAUUUAGAAAAAGCAAAAGAAUUAACCAAAAUUUUGGAUGAAAUUGUUAUACCAAUUCGUAAUGAAACUUUUUGGAAAACUUUAAAAGAUAUUUUGUUAACUUGA